ACCGACGAUGCCUUCAUCCUGCGGUUCCUGCGGGCCAGGAAGUUUCAGCACUUCGAGGCGUUUCGCCUCCUGGCCCAGUACUUUGAAUAUCGCCAGCAGAACCUGGACAUGUUCAAGAGCUUCAAGGCCACAGACCCGGGCAUCAAGCAGGCGCUGAAGGAUGGCUUCCCCGGCGGGCUGGCCAACCUGGACCACUAUAAGAUCCUCGUCCUUUUUGCUGCCAACUGGGACCAGAGCAG